AAACUGCACCGCCGGCUACUUGGUUCCGCAGUCGCCAGAGACUUACGGGGCCUUCUACUGUCACCAAGAGCCCGCGGCGCAGGUGAGAGGAAGAGGCCGCUCUCGCAGUGCGGGGUCCUCGCUGCCGGCGGGAAGCAAGUGCGCUCUCAAAAGCUUAGGGCUCCGGCGACCCCUCUUACCAGCGCCAUGGCAGUCCCAGGUUGCAACAAGGACAGUGUUCGAGCAGGCUGUAAAAAAUGUGGCUACCCUGGUCACCUGACUUUUGAAUGCCGUAAUUUUCUCCGAGUGGACCCCAAAAGGGACAUAGUUUUGGAUGUCAGCAGCACAAGCAGUGAAGAGAGUGAUGAAGAGAAUGAAGAACUGAAUAAACUGCAGGCAUUACAAGAAAAAAGAGUAAAUGAAGAAGAAGAAAAGAAAAAAGCAAAAAUUAAAGAGAAAAUCAAGUUGAAAAAAAAAAGAAAAAGGUCUUAUUCAUCCAGUUCCACUGAAGAGGACACUUCAAAACAAAAGAAACAAAAAUAUCAGAAGAAAGAAAAGAAAAAAGAAAAAAAAAGGUCAAAAAAGGGGAAACAUCACAAAAAGGAUAAAAAGAAGAGAAAAAGAGAAAAGCAUUCUUCCUCCCCCGAUAAUUCUGAAAUCUCCAAAAAGUAACUGGGACUUUGGCCCAUGCCAUUAAAUAUGAAAUUUGGUUUUGAAAAUUAUUUGACCUUCCUUGGAAUUUGCUAUAUAAUUAUGCUUUGCAAUAAAUCACAGUCUUUUCCAUA